AUGCUACAACAGAUAAAAAAAAGUAGAUGGUUAUAAGGAGCAUAUGAUUUAGAGAGGAAAAGUAACUGUAGUUUCAAUAUGAUUAAAGAAAGCAGGAAACAGUAAAAAGAUUGGAGACAUUAGAGAAAUAUGAAAAAGGUGAAGUUAUAUAAGAAUCUAGUGGGAAUGAUGGUAGUAAUGAAUAACAAUAAAAGUAAUAUAGUUUUAGUAAAUUAGAAAAUAGGUAGAAAAAGAUUAAAAGAGUGAGUUAUCAAAUGCUUUAUCUGAAGCAAUAAUAAAUGAUACUUUUAUGGAACUUAAUUAAGGAGAUAUUGCUAUACCUGAUGUUUGCUACAAUGAUUUCUUAUUGGUUUAAAAAAAUCUAAAAAAUCUGUCUCUUAAGAUUAAUUAGGAGAAUUUGA